AUACCAUAAUAUAUCUUUUCCAUACUUUCAGAAAGUCAAUUAUUAUUAAUGCGCAUAAACAAUUCAAAUUCUUUUAUAUUACAACACGAAUUUAAGGUUAGAUAAAUUCGCUUUUCUUGCAUAGUUUGAGCAAUUUUAGCAAGUGUGAACAGCGCGUCGACAAGAAAGCCUAUAAAUAUACACCAAUGCAAUUCCACCAGAAGUACCACUAGGAAGUUUAAACAGUUGCUGCAAGUUGAUCACUUUGUCAUGGAGUUGCCUUGGGCGAAGAUUUUCGUCUAUGUUCUCACCGUUCUCGGUUACGUUUACUCGGGAUGGGGCUCCGGCCUGCUGAACAACAUUCGUGAAGCGGUUAUAUCUGCGGAUUCUCUCUUCGGCGGUUUAUUCAACAACAUCUACGACGUCGUCAACGACAUUAAUAAAUUCAAACAUGUUUUCAACAGUGCUGGAUCGGAAGAUGAGUGUAUAUUUCAGUGUCCCAAUAUUGAUGUAAUGCCAGUGCCUAAUCGUAACCACAAGCCAUCAGCAAAUGGCUGUGGCUCAAUUGGGAUGAAGAUCAACACUGAGUAUCUGCCAGCAAUGACAAAAUGCUGUGAUGCACAUGAUAUCUGCUAUGAUAUGUGUGGCAGUGGCAAGAUGGAGUGUGAUAGGAAGUUUCAGCAGUGCCUGAACAAUCAGUGCGAUGGCGUCAGUAAAAAUUUAGGCGCACAACCGGGAAUUGUGUGCAAUAAGUUUGCGCAACUUCUAACGGAUGGAAUCUCGAGCAUUGGCUGCAAGUUUUAUCUGGAUGCGCAAAAUCACGCGUGUUAUUGCGCUCCUACGAAUAAGGAAUCGAAAAAGGCGAAAAAGUUCACGAAAGGCUCCGAUUUGUAGCCGGCACAAUCAAGUUAUAAAAUAAGUUAUUAAAUUAUUAAACACCAAAAUACAAUUAUUGUAACAUAGAAAAUUUUGAAUUAGUACAUAAAUCAUCGUAGUAUUCUAAUCAAA